AUGAGGCACACUGUGCUCUUGGCGCUGGGCUUAUUCUUGCUCAGUACACUCUUCCGCGGAAACGCUCAAGCAAAUCAACCUCAGGCCUCACUGACAGUUGAUGGCAGAGUCAUACCAGCAGGAGGCAGAGUGACUCUGACCUGCUCUGUGGAGCCCUCUGCUGGUUGGAGGUUCUACUGGUUCAGAGGUGGAUCAGAGUUUUCUACAGUUCAGACAGUAACAUCUGGAACAUCAUCCACCUCUGUGAGUGUUUCAGAAGGAGGCAUCUAUCACUGCAGAGGAGGAAGAGGAGACCAAGUGUUCUUCACAGCAGAGAGUAAUGCUGUCACAAUAGAGGAAACAGUUUCCGGUGAGGCCACAGUGAUCCUUCAAACCAACUGGACUCAGAUAUUCACAGGAGAGACAAUCACCCUCAGAUGUGAGAUCCAGGGAGGUGGAGGAACUCAGUGGACGUAUGAAUGGGAACAAGACGAGUUAAAUAAACCUCCAACAUCCAGAGAAUACAGGAUCAAUGGAGCUACUGUGUCUGACAGUGGAGGAUACAGAUGUAGAGGUAGAAGUUACUACUAUUUAACAAAGUGGAGUGAUACCAUCAGACUGACUGUAUCAGAGACCAUCAGACGAUUAGUGAUAAAUGACACGUCAGCAAUACGUCUGAUGACGCUUCUGAGGAAGACUGGACUCACAGUCCAAACUGUCAAGCAGCUUUUCUCGCUGCGUCUAGUCUCUGGGAAUGUUAUCCAGAAUUACUACAUGAAUGAUCUUUCCUCUAAACUAAAAGAAAUUGCAGUAAACAUCAACCUCCAUCUCAGGGUGGAGAACAGUUGA